UUGACACCGGAAGUAACUUUUGAAGGUUACAAAACAGGGCCAACACCAUGCUUUCUCGAAUGUUUUAUGGAACUCAAGUGCAAUGUUUACGUAAUGAACUGUUUCAUGCUCACAAAAGAGCACUUUCACUUACGGCAACAUGUCGUGCACAACCUCCAACAAAGCCUGGUCAGAAAAAAACAUAUCUAAGAGACAAACCGCACAUGAACGUCGGCACUAUCGGGCACGUGGAUCAUGGUAAAACUACACUGACAGCGGCUAUAACAAAAAUAUUAUCAUCUGAAAAGAAAGCAGAAUUUAAAAAAUAUGAAGAAAUCGACCAUUCACCAGAGGAGAAAAGAAGAGGGAUCACCAUAAACGCAGCUUGUGUAGAAUAUCAGACGGACAAACGUCAUUAUGGUCAUGUUGAUUGUCCUGGUCAUGCAGACUUCAUUAAAAAUAUGAUAACAGGUGCUGCACAGAUGGAUGGCUGCAUAUUAGUAGUAGCUGCCACAGAUGGAACCAUGCCACAGACGCGUGAGCAUUUGUUAUUAGCCAAACAGAUAGGUAUCAAGAGAAUAGUGGUAUUUGUAAACAAAGUAGAUGCUGCCGAUAAGGAAAUGUUGGAAUUAGUUGAAAUGGAAGUGCGAGAACUUUUGUCUGAGUUUGGAUUUGAUGGGGACAAUGCUCCAGUUAUUUUUGGGUCCGCAUUAAAUGCUCUGAAUGGAGAAAAUCCUGAACUAGGGGAAAACAGGGUUAAAGAACUUUUAGAUGCUGUUGACACUUACAUUGAAGAACCAGUAAGAGAUUUGGACAAACCAUUUUAUUUACCUAUUGAAAGUGUAUAUUCAAUUCCAGGACGAGGGACUGUGGCAGGAGGAAAACUUGAGCGAGGAAGAAUAAAAAAGAAUACUGAAUGUGAAAUUGUUGGUUAUGACAAGAGAAUAAAGUCAAUCAUCACAGGUGUUGAAAUGUUUCGACAGAUUUUGGAUGAGGCCCAAGCUGGGGAUCAAAUAGGCUGUCUUCUCCGAGGAACAAAAAAAGACGAACUUCGAAGAGGUAUGAUUAUUGCCAAACCUGGAGAAAUUAAACUGGUGAACAAAAUCGAGGCCCAAAUUUACUUAUUGGGUAAAGAUGAGGGUGGUAGACAAAAGCCCUUGACAGAUUAUUUCCAAGGUCAUAUUUUCUGCAGAACAUGGAAUUGUUCAGGAUUUUUAGAAGCUCCAGGCAGAGAGAUGGUGAUGCCAGGAGAAGAUACCAAAGUAACGUUCACACUGCUGAAGAAGAUGGCCCUAGAGCUUGGAGAGAGGUUUACAAUCCGUGACGGAAAACAGACAAUAGGCUAUGGUGUUGUAACAAACAUUUUGGAUGCUGUUGACAUUGAGGCUUUUGAAGAAGGUUUAAAAAAGCUAAAGAAGGCCAAAAAGAAGGAACGUGAAGUAGCGAGCAUGUGAAUAGAUCAUUUAAAAUGUAGUUGAAAUGUUGUAUGUUUUUUUUUUACCAAAUGUUAGAAACGAAAAUGUAUGAUUAAGAGUCUACAAAUGCAUGAAUUUAUAAUAUUCUAAAAACAAAUAUUUUUUAUACCUGAAAUAACAUUUAAGUAUAAAAAAAAAGAUUUAAAGAUGGAAGAGGUUUUGAACAGUACUGUCAGAAGAAGUGAACAAAACAAUUAGAUAUGACAGUUAUGUUGAUACCAAUAUUGAAUAACAAAUUUAUGUAUGUUUAUUUUGUGUGAAUGUAUACCAUUGAAGUUCAUUGAAAAAUUA